GCAGCUUCUCAAAUCCUGAUCCAAACCAUAUCAUUGGAGAGAGCUCAACGCUGGCUCCAGAUCAGAAAGACAGGGAGACUCCAGGGUGUGGUUUGCUGUGGGAAAGGCUGGUCGUUAAGCACUCUGGAGGUGGAGUGCACUCUCUAGUCAUCCCCUGCGUGACCCCUGAAGCACUGCUCAGGGCUCAGGAGCCCUGGUACAUCCUGCCAUUGGGUGUGUGUGAGCAGGGAGAUGGCCACACUUUCCUGUCUACGCCAAGACUCCAUCUGUACCGGUGUGUGUGUGUGUUCAGGGUCCAAGUUAAGAUGUCUAACUACAAGCGUGCAACGUUUGAGGAGGAGGAUGGGACAGACAUCCCUGCCGAUGGAGCCAUCUCUCCUGACAGUGUGGAGGUGGGUUUCCGUAAGGGUGGUAUUCAGUUGUUUGGUCCACUGGGCAGGAGGACUCAACUGGAAGUAGUGUUGGCCGGUCUGCUUCUCGCUUCACUUCUAGCUCUGUUCGGCUGUGCGAUUACACUCGGAGUCCGCUAUAAUAGAGAUCCCGCCCGUAGUAUCUGUCUAACAGAGGCAUGUGUAACCGUGGCCAGUAAGAUCGUGGAAGCUCUGGACCGCUCUGCUGACCCAUGUCAGGAUUUUUACCAGUACGCCUGUGGAGGAUGGGUCCGCAAAAACCCCCUGCCAGAUGGCCGGUCCCGCUGGAGCACAUUUAACAGCAUCUGGGACCAGAACCAGGCUGUGCUCAAACACCUGCUGGAAAACGGCACUUUUAACUCAAGCAGUGAAGCAGAGAGGAAGACGCAGUCCUACUACCUUUCCUGUCUCAAUGAACAACGAAUAGAAGAGCUUGGAGCCCAACCACUCAUCGACUUGAUUGCAAAGAUAGGGGGCUGGAACAUCACAGAGUCUUGGGACAAAGACAACUUUCUAGACGUUUUAAAGAUAGUUUCUGGACCCUACAGAGCUCAGCCCUUCUUCACUGUUGGUGUCAGCGUUGAUCCCAAAAACUCCAACAGUAAUGUCAUUCAGGUCGAUCAAUCAGGACUCUUCCUCCCAUCCCGAGAUUAUUACCUCAACAAAACCAAUGAGAAGGUGUUGAAGGCUUACCUGGAUUACAUGGUCGAGUUGGGAUUGUUGUUGGGAGGAGACAGGAAUUCCACCCGCGUCCAGAUGCAGCAGAUUUUGGACUUUGAGACGGCGCUGGCUAACAUCACAGUGCCUCAGGACGAGCGGCGGGACGAGGAGAAGAUCUACCACAAAAUAACCAUAGCUGAUCUGCAGGUGCUGGCUCCGGCCGUCGAGUGGCUGGAUUAUCUGAACUUCGUCCUAUCACCGCUGGAGCUGAACGACACUGAGCCCGUGGUGGUCUACGCUAAAGAAUACCUGCAACAGGUUUCGGAUCUUAUCAACAAGACGGACCACAGUCUUUUGAAUAAUUACAUGAUCUGGAAUCUGGUGCAGAAAGGAGCGUCCAGUCUGGACCAGCGCUUUGAGAACGCUCAGGAUAAGCUGCUGGAGAGCCUUUAUGGCACUAAGAAGUCGUGUACUCCACGCUGGCAGACGUGUAUUGGGAACACAGAUGACACUCUUGGUUUCGCGUUGGGUGCUCUUUUCGUCAAAGCCACUUUCGACAAACAGAGCAAAGAAAUAGCGGAGGGGAUGAUCAAUGAAAUCCGCACAGCUUUCAAAGAUGCGCUGGAUGAUUUGAACUGGAUGGAUGAACAGACCCGACAAGCUGCCAAGGACAAGGCGGAUGCCAUCUACGACAUGAUCGGAUUUCCAGACUUCAUUUUGGACUCUAAAGAGCUUGAUGACGUGUAUGACGGGUAUGAGGUUACAGAAGACAACUUCUUCCAGAAUAUGAUCAACUUCUAUAACUUCUCAGCGCGAGUGAUGGCGGACCAGCUGCGCAAGCCGCCCAACAGAGACCAAUGGAGCAUGACUCCACCCACGGUGAACGCAUACUACAUGCCCACCAAGAACGGCAUCGUCUUUCCCGCCGGCAUCUUACAGGCCCCCUUCUACGCCCAGGAUCACCCCAAAGCUUUAAACUUCGGUGGCAUUGGAGUGGUGAUGGGACAUGAGUUAACUCAUGCCUUUGAUGACCAAGGCAGAGAGUACGACAAAGAUGGAAACCUUCGGCCGUGGUGGCAGAACUCGUCGGUGGACGCGUUCAAGAACCGCACCGAGUGCAUGAUCGAUCAGUACACUCAGUACACCAUCAACGGAGAGCACAUCAACGGCAAACAGACGCUGGGAGAAAACAUCGCAGACAACGGCGGCCUGAAAGCUGCCUAUCAUGCGUAUCGCUCGUGGGUGAAGAAGAACGGUGAAGAGAAGAGACUCCCGGCUGUCAAUCUGACAAACGACCAGCUCUUCUUCGUGGGUUUUGCACAGGUGUGGUGUUCGGUCCGAACGCCAGAAAGCGCUCACGAGGGCCUGAUGACGGACCCUCACAGCCCACCCAAAUACCGCGUGAUCGGCACUCUGUCCAACUCGCCCGACUUCGCGGAGCACUUCCAGUGUCCGCUGGGCUCUCCCAUGAACUCAGGCCACCGCUGCGAGGUGUGGUGAUGCGUCGCCCACCGGACACCAGCACGCUUGCACAGACCAGCCCGGCCAAAACCCGCUCAACGGACAGACAGCUCUGGCGCUCUGUCAAACGCUGUUUUUUAUUUAUGUGCUCCGAGUUAUUUGAGGAGUGGGGCUGAAAGCAGGAGGACGAAGCGAGCGCCUGCCAACAUUGAUGUUCGACCCAUAUCAAGUUCUCCUCCUCCAACCGCCAUAUCGGACUCGCUUUAUUUAUUUGUUCGCUGGACCUGGGGGGGGGGUGCUAAGACGCCCCGUCCCACGCUUACAUGUGUGUUUGUGCGCUUCUUACCUUGAUUUACAACAAGCCCGAUUCCUGGUCUUCUGAUCUGGGAGACGCGAGCGCUGCGAUGCCGCCGGGAACACCUCACAGGAAAUGUUUGGCUCCAUCUGCGAUGACUUCACAAGGAAGUUUCACAUUCUCGCCGUGACCUCACAGGAAGCACUGAACAGCAUCUGCGACCCCCCCCAGCCCAACCACACACACACACACACACACACAGGAAAGAAGAGCUUUCAAGAAUGAGGCUAUCAAACGACAGGGAGAGCCACUCGUCCCAUCCUGCGUGUCAUGUUAUGAUCUUGACAAAGUUGAAAUGAAAUGUUCAUUUUGAACUGCUUUUUGCCAAAGAACAAUUUUAGGUUUGGUCCUUGUGUAAGUGAACGUGGACGUCCGCACCGCUUCGCCUUCGGUAACUCCAUUCCAGUGUAAUUCCGCUGUGUUUUCAUGUCGUGCUCAACUUUGUCGGUUCUGCUGAAGUGUUGUCAUGCUGCGUUCUGAAAACCACUAAAAAGGUGAAUCUCACCCGUCUUCGAGUCAUAUUUCACUCCAAAAUUUUUAUUAUUACUUGCGUAAACAAAUUUUUGGAGCUACUGCAUGUUUUUACCUUCGUUUAGUCUCAGUUUAGCACGUGUCCGCCCCCCAGUUCCAUUAGAUUUGUUUAAAAAUGAUACAUUUUGCAAUAUAUCCAAAAAGAAAACUUUUAUAUUUUAAUAAUUUUUCACAAUAUUACACUUUUACCGUAUUUAUUUAAUCAGAUAAAUGCAACCUUUGUAAGCUUAAGAGAGUUUUCAAAAACAGUUAAAAAGUAACCGAUUUUAGCCAUUAUUUUUAACAAUGGCCUUGAUUUUCUCAUUUUGGACUGAAAUAUGACACAUUCUUGGCAAUUCUUGAAAUUCACCCAAAAGCGUUCCGUUAUCGUCUUCUAAACUUCCCAGCAUGCCAGAUGUGUUUCAAGGAGUUGCAUCAGACGUCAUUGAAUUUUUUUUUACGCUCGUUUCAGGUUGGAUUGCUGCCGUGUGCGAUUCCAUCUCCGGCUUUUUCAUUUGCUGUAAAUUGACCCUGCAAGCACAUUUUAAUCUGAAUGUUUGUGCUGUUGGAGUGUCUGAUAGACCAGUUUCUCUUUCAAUCUGGCUUCUGCCUCCGGUUUUGUCUUCGACGUAUUUCGAAUGCUGCUGACUUCACCUUUUCUUGGUUUUUGUUUGAUUGAAACCAGAGUUGAAUCGCACCAUUGUAAAAGUGUUUCCCGCAGCUGGCAUAUAAACAUCCACAUUUCAACUCUAUUUUCUAGCUAGAGGCUGAGAGCGCUAAUUAGCUGAGAUUGAGGUUAACUGCUAAAUGUUACGUCCCAGAUAUUCACAGAUUCUAGCUGUUAACGAUCACUUAUAUUAAGAUGUGCACAUUUGGUAAAGGAAUGGUUAACCCAAAAAUGAACAUUUUGUGUGCUUUACUGUAUGCUGGCUUGUAUGAAAGCUUAUUUCUGCCACAGAACAAAAUCAUUUUUAAUUUCAAAAAAGUUUUCAAUUUCACAAAUCUUUUUUUUAUAACAGUAAUCAGUAUAUAUACACACACAAACACACGUAUAUAUCACAAUUGGUACUUUUUUUGAUGAAUUGUCAGUUUAUAACUAUAUACUGCGAGAUAAAGUCACAUCACUGUUUAUAUGCCUUUUCUGUGGCAGAAAUAAUCUAUAGGUUCGGACUGACGAGAUAAAUUCAUUUUUGGGUGAAUUAUUGCUUUAACCGCUUAGUCGGUCUUUCUUCAUGUUGUCCAUCAAACACAAGUUUUACUCUGUGAUUAGUUUGCUUGAACGAUGUGCAUCUGACUGAACGCCUCCUGGCUUCCUCUUUGUAUAUUUAUCAAAUACCAUGAAUAUUUUUUGGUGACGUUGCCGUUGAUGGGCUCCGCGAGGAUUGUGGAGCAGACGCCAGUCUAAAGUUUUGCCAUGGAGAGGCAUUUGGUUUUGGCCUUAAUAAUUAACUGUAGACUUACAGAAUACAAUGUACAUAUAUAGACUUAAACAUAUUUCAAGUUCAAAGAACAAACGUAAACUUGAAAUGUUUCAAAGCCUUUAAAUAGCCAGUAAAUACCGUUUAAGUGUGUCGCAUACUUAUUUGCUACUUGAGUCUCAAAUAGCAAAUUGCCAAUUCAGAAUUCCGUUUUGAGACCUGAAAGAGGUUUUUGACUGAUUAUCUAAAUGUUUUUGCUGGAUGAAAGCCAUUUAUUGUGCUUUGGCUGGAGAGGGAUGGAGGUAUUUAUCAUAUUCUGACAUAGACACUUCACUUUCAGUGUUUCAGAGAAGCUCAACUUUAAGAAAUGGUAGAUGUGAAUCAUAAUUUUCCAGAAUGUCAUGAAAUGUGCCACACACCUCAUUCCGUUCAGAAUUAGGGGAUGGAACAGGGUGACACUGUCCACCCCUUCACUGUUAAAUACUGAAACUUAAAUACCCAACUUUAUGAAGAUGUUGCCUUAUUUAAUUUAUAGAGUGUACGUUCACCAUUUACUCAACUGUAGUUUGUUGUCAUCUCUCUUUUGUACUGCUGGCAUUGAUUGAUGUUUGAGAGGUUACACUGUCUUAGAGUUGUUGUUUUUUUUGCUUUUCUUUUCUCUUUGUGUUUUUUUUUUUUUUUUUUUAAUGAGAUGACUUUCCCUGAAUUAUUAGUUGGCAGGGGAAAAUGCUCUGCCCGGCGUGUAGUGCAGCAUUCCACCUAGAGAACCGUCAAUGAACAUGAAAUAAAGGAUAUAUAUAUUAUAAAAA